UGGCGCGAGCCCCCAACUCCUCCGCCCCGCUUAUUACUUGGCGCGAGCCCCCAACUCCUCCGCCCUCCGCUCCCACUCGAAGAGGCCGGCGAAGAGAGAAAGAAUAGGGAAGCGAUGGGGAAGGCGGCGAAGGGAUCGAGGAAGGGGAAGAAGGCAUGGAGGGCCAACAUCAGCACCGACGACAUCGACGACUACUUCGAGAAGUCCAACAAGGACGCCCUCAGCGGCCGCACCGCCGCCAUCGCCUCUCUUCCCAGCGAUUCCCUCUUCUACCUUGACAAAAGAUCCACCACCGAAAUUCCUGCCAAAAGAAAGAUUGAGAAGCAUAAGGAUAAAAUUCUCCAUUAUGAGAGCUUGCUGCAGAAAAAUCCUUUUGUGCAACCUGUUCCAUCUUCUACCUUGAAAAAGUUGAAGAGGAAAAAGAAAAAAGUUGACACAGAAAAAACUCAGACUCAAAAUGCUUCCAAGGCAGAGGAUACAUUUUCUACUCUAACCGACAUAUGGUAUAAUGAAGGAGAAGCAGAUGCCAAGACCAAAAAGAAGCACAAGGCCUGUCUCAUUCCUGCUGUUGAAGUGGAGCCACCUGGGUGUUCAUUCAAUCCUCCUUUGGAGGCUCAUCAAGAUUCAUUGGCUCAAGCUGUUGCUGAUGAGAUGCAAAAAAUCUACAAAAGAGAGUUGGGACCUCAACCAGUGCCCAUUACAGUUCCUGGUGAAGUAGUAGCAGAAGAUGAUAAAUAUUUUCUAGAGGCAGAUGAUGGAAAUGAAAGUGAGAUAGAAGAGGAAACAGACAGCGUCACCAAUGAGUUACCUGGACAGAGAAAGUCAAAAACAAAGAGAGUAACUCGUGUGGAGCUAAAUCGUAGAGCCAGGCGUAAGGAACAGCUAAAAGCAGAAGAAGCAGCAAAAAAAAUGGAGAUUCUUUCGAAAGAAAUUGAUAGUUUACCAGAUAUAAUAAAUGAAAUAACCAAGGAGGAUGAAGAAAAGAACCGUAGACACAUGAGACGCAUCAUAGCUAGGCAGGAAAGAUUGAAAUCUGCUCCACCACGACUUGGGAAGUACAAAUUUGAACCUGCUCCUCUUCAAGUUCUUCUGACAGAGGAGAUUUCUGGAUCUCUUAGGAAGUUGAAGGUACUAGUGUUUUCUCCGCAAAGUAUGUUUAAAUUGUUCAUCACUGGAUGUUCAUUGUUGAAUUUGAUGGAUUCCUUUCCCUUUCGGUUUAAAGGGGUGUUGUACACUUGCGACGGAUCGCUUCAAAAGCUUGGAGAAACUGGGCUUGCUUGUUCCUCAGGCUAAAUGCAUCAGAAGGAAAUAAAGCGACAUCAAGAGUGGUCAUGCGUGGACGAGGGAGCAAACUCCUUUUUGAAGCAUGAAUUUUGGUAUUUAGUUUUCUUCUUAUAUGUUAAUGUUUGGUUAGUUGGCUGAUGUGUAUCCUUAUGCAUCAUUUUUGUGAGCUGAUGGUGAAGUUUAUUCCGGUUGCUACUUCAUAAUCUAACUCGUCAUGUCUACAAA